AUGGCUCGCCUAGCCGACUUCUGUCCCUCCAGCGACGACGAACUUCCAGAUUUGAAAACUCUACUCCGCAAGCCCAGUACCAGGGCAACGAGAGGAGUGAACCCAACGUCCAAAACCGAGGCAAAGUCUUUGACUCCCAAACCCACAUCCAAAUCUGGAACUCGUCGUGUGCGUCGGCUUGGUGAAUCUAGCCAAACCACAGCCAACCCUCUCUUUCAGAAAUGGAGUUCUGAAGAGCCCAGGAGCUCUCGGGGUAGCGUGGAAGCGAAACCAAGGGAAUCCCGACGUAGGGCGAAGCAAGCGCCAGUGAGGAAGCCCAGCAAGAGCCCAUCCUCUGGCACAGACUCUGAAAAGGAUGAGAAUGAUGAUGAUGAUGACGAUGACCAACCUCGGCUACGGGUACGGGACGCCCAAAGGAGGCGACCACGUAUUAUCGAGGAUUCGGGGGAUGAUGCCGACCACAUCAGUGGCUCUGACCAGGAGACAUUGCUAACAAGGGUUCGACAUCUUGAAAAGACGAAAUCGGAGGCAGUCACAGAACCCAAACUAGAUACCAAGCCUCGGGUUUCUAAACCUAUUCCGGAGGAUAGGUCGAGGGCGUCGAAGGUUGCAAAGGACUUGGACAGCGGGUCGGAAACAGAGACAAUUCGUGACGAUGCUGAAGCCGAAGAUCCCAGCAUCUAUCAGACAGCGGAAGAGGAAUCUUCGGAGUUCAGUAACAACUCCGCACUUGACUCUGACGCCGACGACUCGCCGUUUCGACCCCAGAGGAGACUGACCACCAAAUCGGCCACUGGACAAGUCCGGAUCCCAUCUGAGACAAAGAAUACCGCCUCGUUAAUAAAGAAUAUCCCUUCGCUAGGCCCUGCGACUAUCGGGCAACGCAAAGUCUCUACAGAAAGUACGAAGAAGAGCAUUUCUUCAGGCCAGGAAACGGCAACCAAGACGAUCCCUCGGCCCAGACAAACAUCGCACGAGUACACAAAAGACAAACGGCCCAAAGCCUCGGCAGCCAAAUCAAGCGUGGCUGAUCUUGCAGACUCCCUCUCCAAGCUUCGGUUGCAACUCCAGGACUUUUCAGACGAAGACACCAAGACUUCGAGGGCCGAUCAGUUCACCACACCCCCUAGUACGCCUCCACGGACUUCCAAAGCAAAGGGCUUGACAUCGCCCACGAAACAAAAUCAAAUCCCAAAGACGCCUCAUGGGCCCGGGAUGGACGACUUCUGGAGCCAAGAUCUAGUCAACGACUGGAACGACCAGCAUUCUCCGCGGAAACUCAUUCUCCCUCCGGUGACCAAGAGUCCCUCCAAGUCAAGUCCGAAGAAGGGACCCAAGCCGGAGACUAAGAAGGCCUUCGAGGCCAGGAAGCACGCCCUCGCUGAGAGUUUCCUGGGCGAACUUGACCGUGAUAUCACACAGGGCAGGGUUGCUGAGCUGGCCGAGUCGACAGGCGGCGUGAAAUUGGUCUGGACCAAGACGCUCAACACCACUGCCGGACGCGCGAGCUGGCGGCGGGAAACAAUCCGUACGCGACAGGCAGACGGCACGCAAGUAUCAGUGGAAUUCAAGCACCACGCAUCCAUCGAGCUAGCUGAAAAGGUCAUCGAUGACGAAAAUCGGCUGCUCAAUGUCCUAGCACACGAGUUCUGUCACCUAGCCAACUUCAUGGUCAGUGGCGUGACCAACAACCCGCACGGCAAGGAGUUCAAGGUCUGGGCGGCCCAGUGUUCACGCGUCUUUGCAGAUCGCGGUAUCGAGGUGACGACCAAGCACAGUUAUGACAUCGACUUCAAGUACGUCUGGGAGUGUGAGGCAUGCGCCACUGAGUUCAAGCGUCACUCCAAGAGUAUCGACCCGCAGCGACAUCGAUGCGGUAGUUGCAAGGAGAUGUUGCGGCAGACGAAACCUGUGCCCAGGGGAGGAGCCAAGACCACGAGUCGGUACCAGGAGUUUGUCAAAGAGCAGAUGGCUGUGGUGAGAGGGGAGAAUCCCGGGAGUCCACAGAAGGAUGUGAUGAAGUUGAUUGCGGCAAAGUGGGCGAAGCAAGAGGGUUCCUCUAAGACUGGCAAGGGAAGCAAGAUAUCUGUGGACAAUAUGGUUGGGAAGAUGGUCGAUCUGACGCUUGAAGAAGACGUGUAG